AGCUACUGAAGCUAUUGAAUCACACGGUGUUUUCUUACCAUCAGCCUUGACAAAGAAUGUCCGGAACACCUCUUUCAAUCUUCUGCAUGCUGUGUCUGCUGUCCGUCUGCACAGCCUGCUACAUCUCCAACUGCCCCAUCGGUGGCAAAAGAGCACUACAGGACAGCCCCAAUAGACAGUGCAUGACGUGCGGUCCUGGAGAUAAGGGCAGAUGCUUUGGUCCCAAUAUCUGCUGCGGAGAGGAAAUAGGCUGCAUGGUGGGCACUCCGGAGGCCAUUCACUGCUUGGAGGAAGACUACGUGCCCUUUCCGUGUGAGACUGGAGGAAAACCCUGCGGCUCUGUGGCUGGACGCUGCGCUGCACCAGGAGUCUGCUGUGACUCAGAAAGCUGCACCACUGAUCCCUCAUGUCUGGAAGGAGAAGACGACGCUCCCGCUCACAAUCUACCUUCCAGGGGCAAGGACUUCCUCCUGAAGCUUCUUCAUUUGACAAACUUCAAGCCUUACCAAUGAGAUGUCCAUACAGGGAUCACAUCGCCGUAGGAGCAGAACACC